UUCACUUUCUGAAUCAAUACUAAUCAUAACUGAACGGUUACGAAAGGCUAGCCAUGCGGACACCGAAUUUGAAUCGUUUAUUCCCACGGUGACCAUUGCUAAACCGUUUUAUAAUUUCCGGAAAUAAUUGGUGUUUUAAUCGAUUAAAAACGGCCAAACUCCCCUCUUUAACCCAUAUAAACAGAAAUUUACAGUGCAAAUAAAUCUGUGGAUCUUUAAAUACAGUAUUGUGUUAUCGCGAAAAUCAUAGAACUCAUUCAUUAGAACGCCGCUAAAAUCGCAGCGUACGGAAUUUGUGUGUGUGUGGUGUAUGUGCGACGUGCAUGCGCGAGAAUACUACGGCUACGACAACUACGUGUGACGUACGCGCGUCAUACAUUUGGUUUUCGGCGACGUUGCUCAAGCGGUCGGGCGAGUCAUAUAGCCUGAUAUAGUUGUAUAAAAUAGAUAGUGCAUUACAAAGUUUACUGUUGAAGUUAGCUUUGAGGAUUCUGUCAUGUCAGAUUGGGUUGGAUUUACGGACGAAGACCUACACCGCCUGCAAAACGGGGAUGGUGUGGUGAAGGAAAGACCAAAAAUUGUGAAACCAAUUGCAAAACGAACCAUGCAAGGUAACAACAAUAAAGCAAAACAGAGACCAAACAACUUGGAGAAAUCUGCUGUAAGAAAAUCCACUCCAAACAAAAAUAAACAACAACAAGUAUCAUCUGCUGCUUUACUGUCGAAACCAACUGCUGCUAAAACCGAGAAAAAACCUGAGCCUAAACCAGAAGAAACGAUUCCAGAUAUAAAAGAAAUGGAGCAAAACAUGGAAAAACCAACACAGAAAGACAAUGGUAUAGUGUUAGAUGAUGAAAUUGGGAAAAAAAAAGAAAAACUAAAACUUGAAGACGCGCAACAGCGACAAAAGCAAAUGGAAGAAAUGAAUAGAAGGAAAAAAGCAAUGCUAACAAAAGAAAUUGCUGAAAGGAAAAAGCGGGCAAUUGCUGAAUCUAGCAAACUGGUAAAAAUACAAACAGAACUCACCAAACUAGAUCAAUUAUUAAACGUGGAUGUCUCUAUUCUUCGUGAUCAAAUUGAUGAAGCUUGUUGGGAGUUCAGCCAAGCUCAGAGGAGGUUUCAGCAGGCAGAGAAAGAGUAUAUUGCUUCCAAAAUGGAUCUCCAUGAAAAAACAACCCGGAAAGAAGAUUUAACCGAACAUUUGUUUAACAUUAUACAAGCUAAUGAGGAGAGAAAGGCAAAGAAAUUGGAAGAAUUGAUGCUGAAGCUAAAUCUGGAGGAGGAGGAACUUGAGCUAAGAGAGCAAGAGCGGAAGGAAAAAGAAGAAAAAAAAGAAAAGGAAGAGAGGGAAAGAAAGGAAAAGGAAGAAAGGGAAAAAAUUAAAAAAGAACAAAGAGAAAAAAUUGAAAAAGAGGGAAAGGAAAAAAUGGAAAUGGAGGAAAAAGCAAAAAUUGCGGAAAUUAAAGAAGAAAACACAAGUGUAACUAACGAAACUGUAGAGAAUGAAAUUUCAAAUGAAACCUUACAUGGAGCUAAUACUACACCUGUAGUGGUGCCUGAAAACAACUGAUAGAAGGAUAUUGCGAUUUUUGCCACAAUUUUUUCCUAAACUUGGCAGAUUUUAUUAACAAUGGUGCCUUUCUUGCAGAAACUGCAAUAGUCUAUAUAUUUCCAUUCGAUUUUUAGAUGUAAGCUUAUUUGUAUUGCACGUAUAGUUUUAGGGCAUGGUAUUCAUUUUUAAGCAUGUACAAUGUAUGUAUUUUAUAUUCAGCUACUAUUUUAAAGCAGACUGCACUUAUCUUUUGUACUCCGCAUGCUAAAAUGGGAAAUAAGAUUUAUUAUGUUACAAUGUA